AUGUUUUUCUUUCGAUUAUAUUUUUUCGCUAUAGGGUCCUUCCUUCCUUCCUUCCUUCCUUCCUUCCACGCCUACAUUAUUAUUUCUGACCGUAACAUCAGUUCCUUCACAGCCACACCCUAUUUUCUUUCGUCUUUUUUCUUCAUAUUUCUAAUUUCUUAUGUUAAUUUUCUCCUCCCGCUUAUUGUUUUCCAAUCUGUUUCAUUCAUUCCUUCAUUUCUUUUUUCUUCUAACAUUCAUAAUUCCUUUACUACCAUUGCUUCUCUUUUUUUUUAUUGUAUUCUCUUGAACUGUAUCCACACCAUUGUUUCCUUAUCUCUCUUAUCUGCAACCACACCAGUCACACCCUCCCCAAAUCCAUCAAAAUACUCACUUUUCGCUCAUCUAUCUAUCUAUCUAUCUAUCUAUCUAUCUAUCUAUCUAUCUAUCUAUUUGAGUGGAUCAGUCAGUCUUUCUCUUUUAUUUUUCUUUAAUCCUUUCUCUUUCUUUUCUUUAAUCCUUUCUCUAUCGUUUUCUAUUUCUUAUUAUCAUUUCCUGAUUUCUUUCUUUCUUUCUUUCUUCUUCAUUAUUAUUAUUAUUUCAUUCAUUAGCUUAUUUUCUUUUUCUUUUUUUCUAUUUUGA